AUGAACCCCGCAAGAGGGCGUGUGCCUGGCCAAAGGAGCCCCCAUGUGUUGGUAACCGACUCGCGUGAGCAGCAACCAUCUGCCCAACCUCGCCGUCGUCGUUCUCCAUCUACACGCUUCAUCACAGUCGACAACGUGCUCCAGUAUACAUCGGAUGUCCCCUCAAUGCAACAACGUCAUCCACCCCAACCGUCGCGAGCCCGUCCGCGGUCGCGUAUUGCGUCCGCAACGGGUGGCUUAAUUGGCUCAGGCAUGGCAGGUGCAUCCAGCGGCGGUACCAGCGCAGCAAGUACUGCGGUAACGAUGGGCCGUCUCGCAGCUCAGCCCCGCUUACCCCCUCGAUCAACAAAAGUUAGUGAAAAAUUGGUACUUCUUCCCGAGUCGGAAGACGUGGAUAAUAAGCUGUCAGAAGAUGAGGAGGAAGAUGUUGACGAAGAGGCUGUGGAUGAGGAGCUGGUUCAGAGACUGGCGAAGGACAAAAACAUCGAUGCCGAGAUCGUAAGGCAACGACUAUUAACCCAGAAGAGGCUUGGUGGGGAAUUUGGCGUUGACAAUGACAUUGCGCCCCUGCUGGCAGAGGAGGAGCUAUUGCGCCGCCGGAAGGUUGCGCCGGAGAAGGCUAAAAGUUAUGCAGAGCGGUUACCAAAGACUCGUCGUGCAGGGAAAUUGGCCCGUGUGACUGCCUACUGUACUGCACAGGCUUAUAAGAUGAGUUCCCUGGCGACGUUUGUUAAGGAGAGACAUGGAGGAAAGACGAAGCUCUACGACGAUUGCCUGUAUACCGCGUACCAUUUGCCGUUGUUACCCGGUCAUGGAGGUUACAGGCUCAGAAGUAGUCCGGUUGUGAAGAAGCCUGGUGGAAAAUCUCUUCUAGAUGAAGAAAUCGAGCGGAAUGAGCUUCGUGAUCACCAUGAAGACUACAUGCCGGAAGCAGAGGAGCAUUCGGUUGUCGGAGGCCGUGGCGAGCAUGGCGAGCAACACAGUGAUAGCGAGACCCCUGGACAUGGUCAAGAGGGCUACCAUGCAGGUUCGGAGACCAGGGCCGAAGCUACUGAUGGCGCAGCUUAUGAUCAUAGCCAAGCGCUCGUUGGACCACCGGAGCCUACACGAUUGCUAUACAACGUGGCAGAGAUGUUUGUUUUCAGUUAUGGUGUGGUGGUGUUUUGGAACUUCACAGACAGGCAAGAGAAGGAUCUCCUCGCCGAUCUUGCGUUUGCGACGUCGUCCGUGACUGGAACUCCCAUUCCGCUGGCCACUAUGCCUUUACAGGAAGAGGAUUUCGAAACGGAGGAGUUCCAUUUCGAAUAUUCGACUGAAAUCGCUCGCCCCCGCGUAUACAACGACAUGAUUACACUACGAAGCGGUGACCACAUGAUCAAAUUGGCUAUCAGUCAUGGCAUUGCUCAGAGCACCAAACUCUGCUUCUUCGAAGAAGUCAUGGCCAGGCAAAUGGCCGAAGCAAAGGACGUACCACGUAGGCUCGCCAUGACCGGCAAACUGGGCAUGAAACGGGAAGAAGUAUUCAGAAUCCUGGGAAGCUUAUUCAAAAGCAGGGUAGAGGUCAAUCUCUCCUCCAACAUGUUAGACGUCCCCAACUUCUUCUGGGAAAGCGAACCAACCCUAUACCCACUGUACAUCGCCGUCCGCGAGUACCUCGAAAUCAAGCCACGAAUUCAGGUCCUAAACGAACGUUGCCGUGUCUUCCUCGACCUCGCCGAAAUUCUUUCAGACUCAAUAGCCGACAGCAAAACCUCCCACCAAACCUGGAUCAUCAUCGUCCUAAUCAUCAUCUCCAUCCUCGUCACCACCUCCGAAGUCUUUCUCCGAUUCGGCCUCCUCUCUUCCGGUAAAGGCACCUCGUCUACAACUAAUCCAUCAAUCAAGAGUCUACUUCCCGUUAGCGCCUAA